GAACUACAGAAAUGACUAUUAUCGCGCAAGAGAAUGAAAGUGCUGGUCCGAGGUUGAGUGCAAAAGAAUUUGAACUAUAUAAUAGACUGAAUGCUGCAGGAAGAGUUACCUUUUUGAAGGUACUUGAUCAAAGAACGGAAAAAGGAUGGAAAGAAGGAAAAAAAAUUGGAAAAGAAGGAAGGAAAGUAGGAAGAGAAGAAGGAAGGAAAGUAGGAAGAGAAGAAGGAAGGAAAGAAGAGCGUAAAAGAGGAGUAUGUUAUAAACCAUAUAUUUGA